CAGAGGAGAGACCCCCAGAAGAUGCUGCUUCUCCUGCUCAGCUGUCUCCUACCUGUUGCCAAUGGGAAGAGCUGUCUCCUCUGCUGGCCAGGACUGCCUGCAUUGAUAGACUAUGAUCUGCAGAUUCUUUGGGGCACCCCAGGGCCACCCACAGAGCUCUCCCAAAGCCUCCACACCUUAUUCCUGAAGGAUCAUGUCUUCAUCGAACCCUGGUAUCUUGAUCAGAACCGUAUGGAAGAAGCAGCAGCCAAAUUAUUCAAUCACAUAGAUGAAGCCAUCAAGAAGUUCCGAGAUAAUAAACCAUCACUUUUGGAAGAGAUUCAUAUCCAGCAGAAGGUGUUUACUGAGAAGCUGGAUGAGAUAUCUGAGGAGCUGAAGGAGAAGGCCUGCAACAAGUCCUGUGACCUACGCUCUACACUGGAGGUCAUGAACUGUGCCAACUGCAAGACACACUUCCUCACCUGCAAAGACCCCACUCUUUGCCCAGCCAGUACUGGGAGUACCUUUGCAUGGUUUGUGAGCCUUGGAAUUAUUCUGUUCCUGGCAUCUGUAGCUGGAAGUGGCCCAGAUGCUACAUUUUCUGGCACGAGAAGAGGAAGAAGGAAGUAGAAAAGGUGCUGGAAAGGGAGACCCCUGCCAGAAUAUAGGGGUCCCAAGAGGGUAAAGCUGGGGAUAGCAAGGCUGGAGGCCCCAACUCUGGCUCCAACAGUCUGACAUCCAGAGCACAGUAAGACCAAGGCUGGGGCUUGGAAAACCCCAUCUCCCCUUAGUGUAAGCACACACCCAGGGCCGGAGGCCCAGGACACAGUGGCAACAAAGCUCCACAAAGUGUCCUCUGCCUAUAGCUAUCCUUGUCCCUCUGCAGACCUUCUCCCCACCCUGGGUCACCAUGCUCCCCGACCUGGACAGAUGAUCAACAUGGCCCUCCUGCCCUCUGCUCCUGGCUGGCCUCAGCAAGCAGGAGUUCAGAGGGACAGAGGCAAGGGCAUGUGACAGG